AAGGUGCCCUCCCUGCUCCCGCGCCACAAGUCGAUGGCCAUCGCCGACGAGAUGAAGGCAGAGGUGCACGGCGCAGCCUACUCCUUCCUCGUCGCCUCGCUCGCCACCGCCGAGGAGCCGAUCCAGCCGCCUCGCGAGCCAGACAUCGGCCCGCGCGAGCUGGUCGACGACCGCGAGCACUUCCACGAGAUGUGCGUCUCUCGCCACUGGCAGUCGGACGAGCUCUACCGCGCGCACUGGUCGACGAUGAUGCUCCUCGCGGUGCUCGGCGGACCGCCCGACUGAGGCCGCGCCGCUCGGCGAUGCACCAGGGCCGGGGCCUCCCUAUUCGCGCAUGCAUGCUUCGCGCCGCGCGCGCUCGGACUCUGCACGCGGCAACCUCUAUCCGGUAUCCAGAACCGUUUGUGUGUGAGAGUUUUCGCGCGCGAGAGAGAGCAGCGCCCCGGCACCCGCGGCGUGCACACGCGCGGAGAGAUUAUUGCCUCCCUGCGCGUGUGC